AUGUCUCAACAACAGUCCGGCCAGAAUUCUGCCACGCUCCCCUUGGAUAAGCGAGCACCACCCCCACCGCAACAACAACAACAACAGCAACAGCAACAGCAACAGCAACAGCAACAAAGGUUGCCUCCCCUGCAAUAUCAACAGUACCAAAAUCCUAACAUCCCGGGCCAAAUGCACCAGAUGCACCAACCUCCUCAUCAGCUUUACCAUAUGCCCCAGAACGCUAACCCCGCCGCAGGCUCUCCUGCUCAGACCCAAUACCAACAGUCGCAACAGCUAUUACAGCAGGCAGGAUACUCCAACGGGCCCAUGCAGCUGAUGUAUGGCCACUACAAUAAUCCCCAGCAGUCCGUAGGCUACAACUACCCUGUGAAUUACAAUGCCAGGUACCCGUAUUAUGGAGGUGCCGGUACUGGUCAGUACAAUCAAUUUGGUGCACCACCAGAGUCUCAUGACUUAGAGCAGCAACAGCAACAGCAACAAGGUCAGCCACCAUCUCAAUCUCUGGGUCACCCUAUACAGCAGCAAUCCGGUCAGCAUCCUGGUCAGCAAACAGGGCAGCCUGGUCAGCCUGGCGCCCCUCUUGACCAAUUACAUUCUCAAUACGGCGCAGCGAGUGGUAUUGGCGGAUCCCCUAAUGUAGGAGCAGCUGCUGUGCCAGGUUCAGUCGGUACUUCAGGUGGAAACGUAAACGCUGAAAACUACCCAGUUCUCCAUUUUCUGCCUCCAAUUCCAGUGAACUCCAAUCAGUUUAAGGUUGGUAAACCUCCAGUCAACCAGAAUAAAAAGAAACAUGAGAUCACAACUCCGGGAUCUGCAGCAUCGGGCAGCACAAACUCCAAGGCUAAGCCAAUAGGUAGACUGAAGGCCAAGGGCCCUGCUCCAGACUCAUCUGCUGAUAGACCGUUCUCAUGUGAGUUCCCUGGGUGUGAAUGGGCAUUUAGCAGACAAUCCGACUUAAGAAGACAUUCUAAAUCUCAUGUAGAGCCCAUGUUCCACUGUCCCUAUUGGAGGAACGAUCCUACCUGUCACAGAAACGGGGGUGCCUUUAACAGAUUGGACGUCUUGAAAAGGCACUUGAAACUUGUACACUACGUCCAAGACAAGCUGCAGUUGAUCCGAGAGUCUAGAGAGGAUCCUGGCUGGUGUAGAUCAUGUCAGAGAAUGUUCCCAAAUUCUAAAUACUUCAUUGACCAUUGCGUGGACUGUGCACAUCUGGGCACUCCUGUUGAAUGGAAGCAGACAGACUCAUUCAAGUUCCAAAAGAGCUCAAAGCCUGACCAACAACUUCAGCCACCUUCUGGACAAGUUCCUCCUAAGGUUCAGCUACCAGAUCUUACAAAUGGCAAAAAAGCCGACAAAACUGGCGCUUUCAUCAACUCCGAUAUUAAGAAAAAGGAACCCAAAAAGAGUAAAGCAAAGAGAUAA